AUGCUUUCAAGACCGUUAAUCCUACUAUUAUCUGUCGUCUGUUCGGGAGUACUCGCGACACCAACGGCCACUAAGAUUCCAAUCCUGAAGCACGCGGGCAAGGUAAAAGAAAAUUCAUAUAUCAUACAAUUGAAGUCGGAAGCAUCAAAAUCUGCCCACUUAUCCCGCCUACCUAAAUCCGGAUUGGAUAUAAGUUACACUUAUGACCAAGUCUUUCAUGGCUAUGCUGCUAGGCUCGACUCUAAUACAUUGGAAUACAUUCAGCAAUCGAACGAUGUAGCUGCCAUAUUCGAGGAUGGAAUCAUAACAACGGAUAUGGCCCAGCCUAUCUUAAAGUCGGAUAACACAGGUCCGUUAUCUCGAUCAAAGCCUAACUUGGAAAAUAUUAGGCAGGCAAAUCCGGCGGAUGUAGAUGUCUACGAUAUCGGAACUGGCAUAUACACGGCACAUACGGCAUUUGGUAGUCGGGCUCAUUGGGGAGCUACCUUUGGUGGUUAUAAGAAUGCCGAUGGUAAUGGCUUCAGUACAUGUAUAGCAGGAAUUGCUGUGGGCGCCACUUAUGGGGUGGCUACUCAGGCAAACGUUUAUGCAGUUAAAGCACUAUCGGACGCAGGAUCAGGAACAAUCUCCGACUUGGUCGCAGCUAUAAACUGGGUUAUCUCAGCAGUAGCAACUUCUGGUCGACCAUCUCUGAUCAUGCUGAGUGCUGUUGUCUCGGCUAAUUCUGCUUUGGAUACCGCAGCGGUCUCCGCGAUCAAUAGCGGAAUUCACUUCAUCGUCCCCGUGCCCUUAUCGAGUUUGGAUCCAGUGAAUAACAGUCCAGCACGUGUACCUGCCGUUAUUACCGUUGGGAUUGAGGGACAGCGAUAUUCGUCGAUAACAGAUGUAUGUUCAAAAGGGACUGCAGUCACAUGUCCCUCAACCGAAGGUCCCACAGCCACCAGGAUGCUCAGUAGCUCAGCCGUACCCAUGGCACGCGUGGCGGGUAUCGUCGCAGCUGUUAUUGGAACCUAUGGCAAUUCAUCGCCUGCUUCAAUCGCAGCUCAGUUGCGGGCCCACGCAUCCAAGUCAAAUUUCAAUGUGUGCCCCGUCAUAAAUGACCGUUGGUAA